AUGCCCUCUGUCACGCGCUGUUUCUCGCGCACUCCCAUGCCCCUCACGCGCUCUCUCACGCGCUCUCUCAUGCGCUCUCUCACGCGCGCUUUACGCGCACUCUCACGCGCUCUCUCACGCGCGCUCUCACGCGCUCCCUCAUGUGCACUCUCACGCGCACUCACGUGCACCCUCACGCGCUCUCUCCUGCGCUCUCUGACGCACUCUCGCACACGCUCUCUCACGUGCUCUCUCAAGCGCACUCUCACGUGCUCCCUCACGCGCACUCUCUCGCGCAUUCUCGCUCUCACGCGCUCUCUCGCGCGCUCUCUUGCGCGCUCUCUCACGUGCUCUCUCGCUCGCACUCUCACUCGCCCUCUCACGCGCUCUCUCACGCGCACUCUCACGCGCACUCUCACACGCUCUCACAUGCUCUCUCACGCAAUCUCUCAUGCGCUCUCUCACGGGCUCUCACGCAUUCCGUCGCACUCCCUCUCGCGCACUCUCUUGCGCAUUCUCUCUCUCACGCGCUCUCUCAUGCACACUCUAUCGCACACUCUCACGCUCUCUCACGCGCUCUUUGAUGCAAUCUCUCACGCGCUCCUUCACGCGCUCUCUCACGCACUCUCUCACGCACUCUCUCACGCGCUCUCUCACGCGCUCUCUGACACGCGCUCUCUCACAUGCUCUCUCACGCACUCUCUCACGCACUCUCUCACGCGCUCUCUCACGCGCUCUCUCACGGGCUCUCACGCACUCCCUCACGUGCUCUCUCUCGCGCAAUCUCUUGCGCAUUCCCUCUGUCACGCGCUCUUUCUCGCGCACUCCCACGCGCUCUCUCACGCGCUCUCUGACGCACUCUCUCACUCGCUCUCUCACGCGCUCUCUCACGCGCUCUCUCACGCGCUCUCUCACGCGCUCUCUCACGCGCUCUCUCACGCGCACUCUCACGCGCUCUCUCACGCGCUCUCUCACGCGCAGUCUCACGCGCACUCUCACGCGCACUCGCUCUCUCACGCGCUCCCUCACGCCCUCUCUCACGCACUCUCUCACGCGCUCCCUCACGCGCUCUCUCACGCGCACUCUCACGCGCUCUCUCACGCGCACUCUCACGCGCACUCUCACGCGCACUCUCACACGCACUCUCACACGCACUCUCACGCGCUCUCACACGCUCCCUCACGCGCUCUCUCACGCACUCUCUCACGCGCUAUCUCACGCACUCUCUCACGCGCUCUCUCACCGCUCGCGCACCCACGCAAGCUCGCGCACCGACCCGCCCUCGCGCACCAACUCGUGCUUGCGCUCGUGCACCUGUCGCCAGAGGCGACGGCGGGGAGGAGGGAGAGGCGACGGCGGGGAGGAGGGAGAGGCGACGGCGGGAGGGAGGGAGAGGCGACGGCGGGGAGGACGGAGAGGCGACGGCGGGGAGGAGGGAGAGGAGACGGCGGGGAGGAGGGAGAGGCGACGGCAGGGAGGAGGAGAGGCGACGGCGGGAUAGGAGGGAGUGGCGGCGGCGGAAUUGGAGAAGAGGCGGCGGCGGGAUAA